AUGCAGCACAUUUCCGAAGAAUCUCUCAACGACCUUCCGUCACGCAUUAAAUAUCUAAGAGACUUCAUAGAAUUCACGUCUGAAGAUGCCGCUGCAUUACACGCCGCCGCACCUGUCGUUGGCCCCCUCGUCCCAGCCGUCGUCGACGCCGUUUACCAAAAGUUACUCUCCUUUGACAUCACCGCCAAGUCCUUCGUACCCCGACAAACAGGUUAUGACGGCGUCACCCCAACAGACGCUUCAGAUCUUUCAUUGGACCAUCCUCAGAUCAAGUUCAGAAAGGAUUUUUUGGCAGGAUAUUUGGUUAAGCUAGUGACGAUGGACUAUUCAAAGCAAUCAAGUUGGGAGUAUCUCAAUAAAGUCGGUUUGAUGCAUACAGGACAGGCAGGAUUUGCGCAUCGUAAAUCGAAACCCCCUCUCCGAGUCGAAUAUAUCCACUGUAGUAUCUUGCUUGGAUACGUCCAGGACAUUGUCAUCAAUGCAGUUAUCACCCAUCCGGACCUCGACAUUACAACAAAAAACGCAGUCAUGAGGGCCGUAAACAAGGUGAUCUGGAUCCAAAAUGAUCUCUUUGCCCGACACUACAUUGCCGAGACAGAAGCUGCUACCACUUCAGCCUAA